AUGAGGGCCAGUCUUCCCCUCAGGAGUUUCUCCGCAUCUUGUCGCGGCCAGGUCCGCCCUACGCUCUCUAAGUCUCCCCGGACGAGGAAUACCCAGACAGCACACUCGACGAGAAGGUGGAAUAGUAGUAAUGCUUCUUCGGGAACUGCGUUCUGGACUACCAGUCGUGCUUUGGCCUUGGCUGCAGUCGUCGGCGCUGGAGCUUAUACCGCUGCUGCUCCGCGCUCGACGUCAUCGGUCACAGCUGCGAAGGAUCCUACUUAUGGAGACAUUACACAGUUUGAAAAGGCAAUUGCCGAGCUUCGAGCUGAACUGGGCGAAGACGCAAUUAGCACCGACGACGAUGACCUCCACGAACAUGGUUACUCAGAAUGGUCGACCGUCAACGCCGAGCGACUACCGGUCGCCAUUGCAUAUCCCAGAUCCACCGAAGAAGUUUCAAAAAUUGCCAAGGUCUGCCACAAAUACAGAAUGCCCAUGGUUCCUUACUCCGGAGGAUCUAGUCUCGAGGCCAAUUUCUCUGCUCCUUAUGGCGGUAUGACCAUUGACUUUGCGUUUAUGGAUAAGAUCUUGGAAGUGCAUGCAGACGAUCUAGAUGUCGUGGUCCAACCGUCCAUCCCCUGGAUGCAGCUGAACAGCGAGUUGGCUUACACUGGCCUCUUCUUCCCUGUGGAUCCUGGCCCAUCGGCUAAGAUUGGUGGCAUGGUUGGUACUAACUGCAGUGGUACCAAUGCAGUCCGCUAUGGUACCAUGAAGGAUUGGGUGAUCAACUUGACAGUGGUAUUGGCCGAUGGACGCGUUAUCAAGACCAGGAGACGGCCUCGCAAGACUUCUGCGGGUUACAACUUGACUGGCAUGUUCGUUGGUUCGGAAGGUACAUUGGGUAUCGUGACCGAAAUCACUCUCAAGCUUGCCCCCAUUCCGGAUGAGUUGCGUGUCGGUAUUGUGACUUUCCCCACCGUUCGAGAUGCCGCCGCCGCUGCCAUGCAGGUUAUUCGCAAGUCCAUCCCCGUGCAGGCAAUGGAGAUUAUGGACGAAGUUCAAAUGAACGUCAUUAACCGUGCUGGUGGCACCGGACGAACAUGGAGAGAGGAGCCAACCUUGUUUUUCAAGUUUUCUGGCACCACCGCUCAGGUUGCAGAUAGCAUUCAAAACACCAAGAAGAUUGCACAGAACAAUAAGUCUACCUCCUUUGAGUUCGCCAAGGAUGAUCAAGAAGCGCAUGCUCUUUGGUCGGCACGCAAGGAGUCUCUGUGGAGUAAUCUAGCUUUGCGUCCGGAGGGAGGCGAAGUCUGGUCUACUGAUGUGGCGGUACCUUUGUCUCGACUUCCAGACAUUAUCGAAAAAUCCAAGGAGCAGCUCAAUGAGUUGAACAUCUUUGCCAGUAUCUUGGGACACAUUGGCGACGGCAACUUCCACAGCAGCAUCUUGUACAGCCGCAAGAACCGCGAAGAGACAGAGCGCGUCGAGAAGGUGGUUCACGACAUGGUCGACCGUGCCAUUGAGAUGGACGGUUCCUGCACGGGCGAACACGGCAUCGGUCUUGGCAAAAAAGAGUACCUCAUCAAAGAACUCGGCCCUGACACAAUCGAUAUCAUGCGCAGCGUCAAACGUGCCCUUGAUCCUCAUUGGUUGAUGAACCCAGGCAAGAUCUUUGAAUACUCUCGGGACAGCAAACCCGUUCAACACACGACAGAUAUCGAGUCUGCGCGUUUGGUGGGUGCAGAGAAGAAGAAAAGUAAUUGA